AUGGCUCCCAACUUACGAAGAUUGGCAAAAGGUGAGCGUUUCUGUCGAGAUUCUUUGCGCAAUCUGGCCCAUCUGGUUGACGAGUACCAAGAUAAGAGGGACAGUGUUAUGCUUGAGGGGUGGAAGGAGCGCUUAGAAGAGAUCUUUGAAGAUUAUAAAGACACUCGAUUGCAAUUGGAGGUAUCAGAUGACUUUCAAAAUGAUUUAAAGCAAAAACUGGAGGCAGACGCACUAAAACAAUCGCAAACGGGAGCUGAAGUUCAACCUCAAUCGAUUGAACAAGUAAAUCGAGAGGCACGGGCUUCAUUCGAAUCCACUUAUUUAAGACUAAAGGGAUUCAUUUUGUCCAAAAUUCGUGCAAAGCGAGAGGCACCCAGGGAAUUGGCACCUGUUCCGGUUCAACAAAUGCGGGUCAAGCUGCCGGAGAUCAAACUGCCCACUUUCGAUGGCACUAUUAAAGAGUGGCCUUCCUUUCGGGAUUCUUUUCAGUCACUAAUUGCUUCGAACAUGCAACUCAGUGACGUGGAUAAGUUUUCUUAUCUCCUUUCAUCCCUCUCGAAGGAGGCAAAGCGUGUAGUCGAGGUGAUAGAAGUGACCUCCGACAAUUAUGCGGUGGCGUGGGAACUUCUUGAAAAGCGUUAUGAAAAUAAAUAUCUAAUCGUAAAGUCGUAUGUCGAAGCGCUUUUCACAGCUGAUCCAAUUAAAAGAGAGUGUCACGAGUCUUUGAAUCGCUUGAUUGAUAUAUUCGAGCGAAAUUUGAAAAUGCUAGAAAAGGCGGGAGAACAAACGGCAAGCUGGAGUACUUUGCUGGUGUUUAUGCUCAGUUCUCGUCUGGAUCCUGUAACUCUCCGCCAUUGGGAGACCCACCGGAAAUCGACGCUGGUUCCUAGCUACACCGAUCUCGUGAAUUUUCUGCGCAAUCAUAGUCUCGUCCUGCAAUCCCUUGACGCUUCCAAAGGCCGAUCAACCGAUUCCUCUCGCUUAUCCACACACCGCUUCCCCUCACACCCAGCUAAGCCGAACCUAGUGCAUUCAGCCGUUACCGCUCAGAAAUCAUGCCCCUUCUGUAAACAGUUGGCCCACUCACCAUAUCAAUGCGAAGUGUUUCGCCUGUACGAGUGGUACUUGUCGCGUCUGCCAGCAAAGACACCAUACGAUGCUGCAUCAAAGACCCAUCGUCCCAAACAGCCAAUCGGUUCCACCCACCAAACCAACCGAUCCACAGACUUCGUCUUCGUACACUCGAACAAGCGGCAGCAGUCUGCUUCGUCGAGCAAACAGUCAUUGCAACCGGAAAGCCAAACCCAAGCCACCGCGGUCCCUGCCCCACAAACCAGCCACUUUUCGAUGCCCUUCACCGAUGCCGAGCAUAUCGUUCCUGCUACCGUUCUACUGUCGACAGCUCUGGUGAAAGUAUAUUCUUCAUCUGGCUCCUCGUUGUGGGCCCGCGCAUUGUUGGAUUCCGGAUCGCAGCUCAAUUUCGUUUCGGAACAUAUUGUUCAAAAUCUGAAGCUUCAUCGGUCUAAGGAAUUCGUCCCAAUUAGCGGUGUAGGCCUCUCAUCUACUUCCUCCAAAUACACAACCAUCAUACGCAUUCAGUCUCACUGUGCUGAUUUCGAGGACAAUUGGAAGUUCCAUGUACUUCCAAAGUUGACAUUGGAAUUGCCAAAUCAAGCUGUUGAUGUUUGCCGAUCGAGAUGGCCGUCAGACGUCGUAUUAGCAGAUCCCACAUUUGAUCAACCUGGCAGAAUCGAUCUGAUUCUCGGCGUUGGAAUUUUCUAUGACCUUCUACGAGAUGGUCAAAUUAAGAAUAGAAGCGGAGAUCCUGUGUUGCAGAAUACUGCCUUAGGAUGGGUAGUAUCCGGAAAGGUUCAAGCAAAGGUGCCUUCUGCCUCGGUUUCGAAUUUUGCACAUGUUGCACCUAGCCCAACGAUUGAAGAUCAACUAUCACGGUUCUGGGAAAUUGAAUCGUGCCGCACGCUUAGCACUCACUCCGUAGAAGAAGCUGAAUGUGAGAAGUUUUUCGAAAAAACAGUCGAAAGGGAUCAGUCUGGUCGUUUCAUCGUCGCUCUACCGACGAAGUCGUCGGUGAUUUCCAUGCUUGGGAGUUCUAAAGAUAUUGCAGAUCGUCGUUUCUACUCGCUUGAGCGUCGGUUGAACGCUACUCCUGCGCUAAAGGAAGCAUACACUGCUUUCAUACACGAGUACGUGCAGCUCGGACAUAUGCAGCCUAUAUCGGAUGCGGAAACCCAUACACUUCCAUCGUACUAUCUGCCUCACCACUGCAUCGUCAGACCUGACAGUAUCACCACGAAAUUACGUGUGGUUUUCGAUGCGUCAUGCUCAAGCGACAGCGGUGUCUCACUCAACGACGCGCUUCUGGUUGGUCCUGUCAUCCAAGAUGAUUUGCUGUCUAUCGUUCUGAGAUUCCGGAUGCCGCAGUUUGCAAUCAUCGCCGACAUUGAAAAAAUGUACCGGCAAAUCAGGGUGAGGAAGUGUGAUCAUCCAUUACAACGGAUUCGAUGGAGAGAUUCCGCAACCCAACCGCUGCAAACGUUUCAACUUACAACGGUUACGUACGGAACAUCUUCGGCUCCGUACCUCGCGACUAAAUGUCUUCAGAAAUUAGCUGAAGAUGGGUUCGAUAGUCAUCCAGAGGCAGCAAUGGUUCUUGGGCGUGACUUUUAUAUGGAUGACAUGCUUACUGGAACAGAUAGCAUCGAAGAAGGUCAGGAGCUCUGUCAACAGCUAAUCGACCUGACUAAUUCCGCUGGUCUACCCCUGCGGAAAUGGGCGUCGAACAGCGCGGCUGUUUUAGCAGUCAUUCCACCACACCUGAGAGAUGAGCGCACCCUUUUCGAACUCGACUCUGCUGCUGCUCCCAUAAAGGCGUUAGGAUUACAAUGGGAUACUAUUACGGAUGAGUUGCAGUUUAAUGUUCCAAAUUACAACACACAACUGCCAGUGACCAAGCAGAUAGUACUUUCGGAUAUCGCCCGCCUGUUUGAUCCAUUGGGUCUAGCUGGGCCAGUGCUGGUACAAGCAAAGUUGUUUCUCCAAGAUCUAUGGCGAGAUGGCUGUGAUUGGAAGGAACCGCUAAACGAAAAUCGUCAACAUCAGUGGCUGGAACUUCGGGAUAGCUUUCAGCACUUGGCGGCCCUCAGAAUCCCUCGAUGGGUCGUUGCAACUACCGGAGUCGUGAGUUUAGAAGUCCAUGGAUUCUCCGAUGCAUCGGAGAGAGCGUACGGGGCCUGUAUAUACCUCCGUGCUGUGUCGUCGACAGGCAGCAUCCAUGUCAACCUGCUUACCGCUAAAUCCAAAAUAGCACCAAAUGGCAAAAGCAAAAGGGCAGGAGUCGUUAGUCUUCCACGUUUGGAACUGUGUGGAGCCCUGUUAUUAAGCCACUUAUUCGAGAAGGUCGAGUUCAGUCUGAAACUUAAGGCCCAGAACUUCUUCUGGACGGAUUCGGAAAUCACGCUUUACCAAAUUACAGCCAGUCCCUCACGUUGGAAAACGUUUGUCGCAAACAGAUGUUCCGAAAUCCAGCGUAUCACGGCGGAUGGCAUGUGGUCGCAUGUUCCUGGCUCGGAAAACCCGGCAGACAUAAUCUCCCGAGGAAUGUGUCCAGAACAGCUGCAAAACUGCACAGGCUGGUGGCAUGGACCAGAUUGGUUAUCGCAACCAUCACGCUUUUGGCCGCCACUGGGGCGGCCGACAAACCGAAUCUUCAGUCCCGAAGAGCUUGAAGAACGAACGGUUUCGCUUCCUGUGCAAAUACAAUCACCAAACGAGUUAUUUUUGUUGUAUUCCAACUACUUUAAGCUCGUUCGAACCGUAGCUUGGAUACAAAGAUUUGCUCACAACGCAAGAACCAAAGAUAAAGUAAACCAUCGUAAUGGAUUUCUCUCGACCGCGGAAAUCAAGGAUGCUACCCUGCUACUCGUCAAACUCGCUCAACAGGAACACUUCGCCCAAGACUUGGCGGAAAUCUCUCGAAAUGGACAAGUUAAGUCAAAUUCUCGCUUGAAGUCGCUGUUCCCAAUACUCGUAAAUGGUGUGAUCCGUGUAGGUGGCCGGUUACGCCACGCCCCUGUUCCGUACGAUCAACGUCACCCUAUGAUUCUGCCGGACAAGCAUCGUCUCACAGAAAUGGUAAUGGUGUACUACCACCGGAAACUCCUACACGCCGGACCGCAGCUUCUGGCAGCUGUUGUACGGGAACGGUUUUGGCCGCUUCGUAUACGUAAUCUCUCUCGUCGAGUAGUUCACGCAUGUACCAAAUGCUUCCGGUGCAAACCCAAGGUCUUAGAGCAGCUAAUGGGAGAAUUACCGGUAGAACGUGUUACACCCACCUUCCCCUUCGCUCAUACUGGAGUGGACUAUUGUGGUCCAUUUUCAUAUCGACCAACCCGCCGUGCUACUGCCAUCAAGUGCUAUGUCUCUGUGUUUGUCUGCCUCGUAACAAAGGCAGUGCAUCUGGAAUGCGUAUCCGAUUUGACCACUAAUGCAUUUAUCGCGGCACUCAAACGAUUCGUGGCACGUCGGGGCAAACCCAAAAUGAUCGAGUGCGACAACGCCCUCAACUUUCAAGGUGCUAAGCGAGAGCUAAAAGAGUUAGCUCGUUUGUUUCGGUCGCAGCAGCACCAGGACCAAGUUUCUCGCAGCUGUUCGGAAGACGGAAUAACUUUUAAAUUCAUACCUCCCAGGUCCCCGAAUUUCGGAGGACUCUGGGAAGCCGCAGUAAAGUCGAUGAAGAGCCAUCUACGCAGAACUGUGGGCAAUGUGAUCCUCUACCAGGACGAAUUUCAGACUGUUUUAGCCCAAGUCGAAAGCUGCUUAAACUCUCGUCCGUUGACACAGUUAACAUCCGAUCCAAAUGAUCUGGAAGUGCUCACACCGGGGCAUUUCUUGGUGCACAGAUCCCUUACCGCUAUACCGGAGCCCAGUCUAAACGACAUCCCGACAAACCGACUAGACCGAUACCAACAGACUCAGGAGUACGUCCGAAGAAUUUGGAACCAGUGGCAGUCCGAAUACUUGUCCGGGCUACAACCCCGUACGCGUUGGACUCAGCGGCGUAACAACAUAAAUGUCGGAACUUUGGUUCUGGUGAAGGAGGAGAACCUUCCUCCACUGAAAUGGAGAAUAGGGCGGAUCACGAAGAUCUUCAUGGGAGACGAUAACUGCAUUCGAGUCGUCGAUGUGCGAACGAAAGACGGUGAAUACCGCCGUGGAAUAUCGAAAAUCUGA